AAGCUCGUGGUUUGGGGUUCAAAGAGCGCACGACCCCCAUUCCCACAUUGAGAUAACUGCGUGCAUUAACGUGUUUUUCAACCCAAGCCGUGAAGUAUUGUGCCAUACAAAUUGAACUUUAAACUAAGUUACUCUACUGCUCUAAGUUCAUUUGGCGCCAUCUCCGGGCUUAUAUCAUGGAGGAGGCGUGCCCUGUGCUGUGGCUCUGUGUGCCUGCCGUGUUGUUGUGCGGCUCUGUCCGAGGAGGGUCCAUCUAACCUGCGUCAUUUCUCUUCUGCAAGUCACGAGAAGAAGCUGUUUGGAUUUUACGCUUGUGGUUUAUGUUUAAAUGCAUCGUUUGGAAAACGUGCACGGUGUUUGCAAGAGAGAAGAAGACUUCUGUUGCCAGGCGACCCUCAUUAGGGUCUCCCUGCACCUUCUUAUUGCUGAUUGGAGGAUGUCCAACUAAGAUGCGGAUAUGCCAUGUGGGCCAGACAUAUUGGAGGAACCCGUAACAAAGCUAAAUCAUUUUCUAACAGGAAAGGAAGACAGAAGACCAAAAAGAAGCUAACUAAAAUGAACAUCGGGGACACCUCUGAUCUGAAGGAUGAGGAAAAGAUGGAUUCAAAAAGUAUGACAGUGGCACAUUAUGCAUGUCCGAACACCCUAAAUUUAGAUUCAUGCAGUGCUGGUUCUUCCCAAACAGCAGUCAUAGACCAAAAUGUAGGUAGUUCUGGUGAUACCAAACACCAAAAUGAUCUAGACUUAAAGCUGUGGAAAUUGCGGGCCAAUCAUAUUCAGCGAAUCCUCUCAAUGCCUCAUCAAGAACAUUGCCCUCUCGAUUCCUAUUCCAGAUGCAAGAAAUUAGGCAUUGAUUUUAAUGUAGGAUCUGGAAUGAAACAAAAUUUAGACCCCGAAUUACUCACCAAUGGCGUCAUGGUUGAAUUGAACACUUUUGCCACAGCACUGUUAUCAGCCCAAAAGCAUUUCAUCACAGAUAUAUUGGAGCAUAAUUUUGAUCUUAAUUUUGAAAAUGAGCUGAGUCGCAGUGCCUUUGCAGAUGAAGUCAUGAGAAAAAUCAAAAUCGUGAGACUGCAUAAAAGUAACUUAUGCACCCGACAAAAUCUAGUGAAAAGGCCUUUUGAGCUCCCUGAUGUGCGGUGCAUAGAAGAACCUUCUCAUGCAAAAACUCUACAUUGCCCCAAAUGCUAUCAAGACCAAAAGUUUCAUGAAGAUGAGUCUGACUCUGGUCAUAUGCAUCAUCUUUGUCCACAUACUAUGAGUGACACAGUCUCUGCUGAUGUGAAAUGCACAACACAAAAGCAUGCAAAGGAUGCGUCAUCUGCCUUCUCAGCAACCGAGGAGACAAUAAUGGACAGUAACCCUCACUGCAAAAAAAUAGGUUUGAAUCUAUGUGUUGACAAAGAUCUGCCAAAAGAUAAGCUUGACAUGCAUGUCUUGACAAACUCUGUGAUGAAGGAAGUGGUUCAGUUUGCCAGAAGAUUAUGUGGAACAAAUAAUGUAGUCAUUAAUGAUGUCCUUGAACACAACUUCAACAUUGGCAAACAGAGCCUAGACCUAAACCCUGCGGGGCUGUUCUCCUCAAAAAGAAAACAAAAUGAGCCUGCAUGGUUCAACGAAGUUUUUGUCAUUCAGUCAUAUUCAGUCAAGCCACCUGGAUAUAUAGGUAAAGCAAAACGGGAAUCUGCCCUGCACAGAAGUGAAAGGAUGGAAGUCAUCAGAAAAAGACAAUUGGCACUGCAAACAAAACAGGAAAGAGCCAACAUGCCAAGUGGAAGUGGAGAAAACCCUUAUCCUGCUUGCACAGUGAUAGGUUUGAAUCUGGAUGUGGCAUCAAAUUCAAGAGAAAAAGUCAUACUAGAACUGGAGCUAUUGACCAGAGCUGUAGUAUUUGAGAUACAUAAAUUUGCAACUCUGGAAGCUGUAAACUAUUACCCACGCACUGUGUUUGAUAUUCUUGACUAUAACUUUGAUCUCAGUUCACAACAUUACAGGCGGUGGGAAUUUUCCAUAGCUACUGCGUCGAAAAUCCAAACCAUGGUCAAUGAAUAUUGUAAAAAAGAUGACAACACAGAAGGCGCAGAUAAGGUCUUCAAAUUACCAUUCAUGUUUGAUCCUGAGACUUCACAACGUGUAGAAAAGAGACAAAAUAUCAAAAGCACUAAUUCUUCCAUGGACACUGCUACUGAAUCAAACUCAAGUUGUGUGGAUAUUCAUACACAUUUCCUCACCUCCGCUAACAUGUUGUCCAGUUUACCAUCUGUAAACUCAAAUGUGACCUCCAAAAUUGGAAAUCAACCUGAUGAAAGGGGGUUUGAUGGAGAUGGAGAGUUAACACAGACUCCAAGAAAUGCACCAAAUGAAUGGAACAUGGAACAAGAGGAAAUAAGAACAGGGAACUACUACACUUGUCCUUUAGGAGAGUUGGAUUUAGAAUCAGAUGAAGUCUCAGAUUCAGAAAACACUGGAAAACAGGACCACUUACGAAAUCCAGAAAGCUUUUCUCCAAGCUGUCCAGACAACCCAAAUUUAGAUACAUGCAGUGCUGGUUCUUCCCAGGCAGCAGUCAUAGACCAAAAUGUAGAUAGUUUUGUUGAUACCGAACGCCAAAAUGAUCUGGACUUAAAGAUGUGGAAAUUGCGGGACAAUCAUAUUCAGCGAAUCCUCUCAAUGCCUCAUAAAGAACAUUGCCCUCUCGAUUCCUAUUCCAGAUGCAAGAAAUUAGGCAUUGAUUUCAAUGUAGGAUCUGGAAUGAAACAAAAUUUAGAUCCCAAUUUACUGACCAAUGGCAUCAUGUUUGAAUUGAACACUUUUGCCACGACACUGUUAUCAGCCCAAAAGUAUUUCAUCACAGAGAUACUGGAACAUAAUUUUGAUCUUAAUUUUGAAAAUGAGCUGAGUCGCAGUGCCUUUACAGACAAAGUCAUGAGAAAAAUCUACGUUCAGGGAGUGCAUAGAAAAAACCUCAUCAGCCGACCAUCUCUAUUGAAAAAGCCUUUUCACCUCCCUGAUGUGCCGUGCAUAGAAGAACCUUCUCAUGUGAAAACUCUGCAUUGCCCCAAAUGCUAUCAAGAUCAAAAGUUUCAUGAAGAUGAGUCUGACCUUGGUCAGAUGCAUCAUCCUCGUCCAUACAGUAUGAGUGACACAGUCUCUGCUGAGGUAAAAUGCACAACACAAAAGCAUGCAAAGGAUGUGUCAUCUACCUUCUCAACAACCGAGGAGACAAUAAUGGACAGUUACCGUCGAUGCAAGCAAAUAGGUUUGAAUCUAUGUGUUGACAAAGACCUGCCAAAAGUUAAGCUUGACAUGCAUGUCUUGUCAAUUGGUACUAUGAUAGAAGUGGUCCGGUUUGCCAAAAAAUUAUGUGGAACCAAUUUUCAAGUCAUUAAUGAUGUCCUUGAACACAACUUCAACAUUGGCAAACAGAGCCUAGACCUGAACCCUGCGGGGCUGUUCUACAGAGAGAGAAAUCCAAAUGAUGGUGGGCCUGCAUGGUUAAACAAAGUUUUUGUCAUUCAGUCAUAUUCAAACAGGCCACCUGGAUAUAUGGGUAAAGUAAAAUGGGAAUCUGCCCUGCCCACAGGUGAAAGGAUGGAAAACAUCAAAAAAAGACAAUUGGUACUGCAAACAAAACAGGAAAGAGACUCAAAUCAUAAAAGUGGAGAUGAAGAGGAAAUACAGACUGUCCGAAAUUCACCAAACAAAUCUGACACUGAACAAGAGGAAAUGGGAACAGAGCACAACAUGUGGAAGUUGCGUUCUAACCGUGUUGAACAAAUCCUCUCUGCACUGACCAAAGACUUUGGUCGAUUCAGUAAGUCCAAGAGAGUCGGCCUUGAAUAUAAUGUUGGAUUUGGCCCAAAGCAAAACAUCAGUGUUAAAUCUUUGCAGGAUUCUCUUCUAUUUGAAAUUGGUACAUUUGCUUUAGCAAUGAAUUCGUCACAGAAGGACUUCAUCAUGGAGAUUCUUGAGUACAACUUUGAUGUGAACCUGUCAAGUCAACACCACAGGAAUAUUUUUGCAAGUGAUAUUAUGAAUAGAGUAAGACAGUUGAGAAGCUGUGAAGUUGCAGUAGAAUUCUCAAAUGAGGUUUUUAAACUUCCUGGUCUCGUUGCAUCAAUAAAUAUGACAGGUCAGAGUGAAGGUUGUGUCAAUCCUGAACUGGGUAUGUCAAACAUGGGGAAAUGUGAUGUUGCUCCUGUGUGCCCUCUUGAUUCACAUGCUGAAACUAAAGAACAUAUUUCAUGCAGGGGUGAGCAUCUUUAUCCACUGUGCAAGGAAAUAGGUCUGAAUUUACAUGUAAACAACAGUCAACCCAACAAAAAAAUGGAGAUCAACAAGUUGACCAAUGGAGCAAUGGCUGAAGUGACAAACUUUGCAGAAAAGUUGUGUGGAACAUUUGAGCAGAUUUGUCUAGACAUCCUCAGACACAACCUUGAUUUUGAUUUGCAAAGAGAUUCUGAGCUUGCCAAGAAUAUUCUUGCAAGAAUCAAAACAAGAAAACUGGCACUGCACUCAAGUCAGAGUCCAUGUCAAAGUGUCAUGAAGUCAAAGUCAAAUUAUAGCAUUUGUUUUCCCCUUUGCUCAAAGAUCGGUUUGGAUCUAGAUGUGACAUCAAAAUCAGAAGAGAAAGAAAAACUGGACUUGGAGCUGUUAACUACAGCAGUAGUUGCGGAGAUACAUAAAUAUAUAUCUAAGAAAUUAAGACAUUAUUACCCAGGUACUCUUUUUGACAUCCUUGACUAUAACUUUGAUCUUAGCUCACAACAUUACAGGCGCUGGGAAUUUUCUCUAGCUACUGCUUUUGAAGUCCAAUCCAUGGUCAAGCUAUAUCGAAAAAACAAAGCCGGAGCAGACGAGAUUUUCAAAUUGCCUUUUGUAUUUGCUCCUCAAAAAAGAAAACGUACUAAGUGUUCCAUGGGAGAACCAGAAAAGAAAAGGACUGAAGGUAGUUGUGUGCACCAAGUGGGACAUCAUUCAGAUGUCAAUCAUGUCAGUUUGCUCAGUGGUGUCCAAACUAAGGAGGAAACUUGUUCACAUGAUGAGGAUACAAAAUCCUUAAUAGAUCAAUGGACGAUGAACAUACAGAAUCCAGGACUAGUGAGCGUAGGAUGUGGUAGUUCUCUCCAGGUAGACGUACAGAUUAAAAAGGAGGAGUAUGAUCCACAUUAUGCCGAUAUAAAACCAGAAGAGGUCACAGGGGAAAAAUGUCAUCCACAACAUGUCGAUGUCAAAACCGAGUCCGUCACUGGGGGUGUUGAGCAUUUAGUGCCAUAUGAAUCUCCAGGAUCUCUUGGAAACACUGUCAACCAGAAUCACUUAGAAAACACAACAAGCACGGACAUUCCUGGACAAUCAGAGUCACGUUUACCGGUUGGUUGUGCAACUUUCCCCACCCCCACCAAUGUCUCAUCCACUUUACCAAAUACAAAUGUGAACUCACCAUUUACAAGAGGAACUGAUGAAAGAGAGCUAUUGAAAUCUUCAGUAGAUCAUUGGAUAAUGAAUGUACAGAAUCCAGGACUAGUGAAUACAGGAUGUGGUAGUCCUCUCCAGGAAAACAUACAGAUUAAAAAGGAAGACUAUGAUCCACACUAUGACAAACCAGAACCGGACACUGAGGAAAAAUAUCAUCCACAACAUGUUGAUGUCAAAGCAGAGUCGAACAUUUGUGAUGUUGAGCACUUAAUUCCAUGUGAACCUGCAGGAUCCCAUGGAUAUGCUAUAAUAACAACACAUGCAAACUCUGAAAGUAAUAUAAAUACAGAGUCAGAAAAUGAGUGUUUCACUGAAAGUCACAUACAAAUAGAAUUGGACACUCCAGGUAUUAACGUGAUAAUCAUAGAUGAAAGCUAUGAGAAUGCUUUCAUCUAAGAAGAGCAAGAAAGUAUGCCAGUAUCUGAAGGACCUGUUAUGUUAGCUGUAUGUCCAGUGACUGAAAGUCACAUUAAAACAGAAUUGGAUGCUGCAGCUGUUAACUUGAUAACUAGAGAUCAGAUCAAUGAGAAUGUGUUGAUCAAAUAAGUCACUCAUACCAUUACAGAGUAGUCUCCUACACUGAAAGUGAAGUGGGAAUCAAACAGAAAUCAAAAUCAGAUUGUUAAUGUUCUAAAUUAUAGCUGACUCAAGAGACUGAUGGUUUUACAAUAGGCAAAAGCUAUUAGAUGCCUUCAUUGUUUUGAAAAUGUAUUGGAGAAUGUACUUGAUGACUAGAUUUCCAAAAAGAUAGAUCUGACUGAUUGAGUGCAAAAGGCUGUCAAUAUUAUGCUGUAAUGCUUUGUUCUAGUUGUCAAGUGAUUUUAUUUUUCA